AUGACGGAGAUAAAUAAACUUCCAAGUGAAUUGGCAAAUGAAUUGAAACUAUUGUUUGAAUCAAUUUAUCCAAGGUAUGAUUUAUUAUGUAAACCAGCUCCAAAUAUAUAUGGUGGGCAAAUUAGGAUUCAUAAUAUUAUUUUAAAUGAAUUACUUGGAACAUUAAAAUUAAUAGAAAAUUGUACCAAUUGUAAAAAAAAUUGGAUAAAAGAUGAUUAUGAUCUUAUGAAGUAUUUGAAUAAAUCAAUUGAUGCAUUAAAUGAACUUUCAAAUAGAUUAAAAGAAAAUGAGGAAGAAGAAAGCAUAAAAUUAAUUAGAAAAUCAUAUCAAAAUUUAAUUUACACAGAUGUUGGAUUGAAUAAAGUUGUAUUAUGCAAUGCAGAAUCAAAACGCCAAGAGAUAAUUAAAUCAGAAAAAUAUCUUUCAGGAGCAAAAAAUUACAAACACCAUGUAGAUGCAUUCUAUACAAGUUGCUCACUUAGUAAAUUAAUUGAGCAGGCUAAUAACAAAUUGGCUACUAUAUCAAUGGAUGAUGAUGAUGAUUCAUCAAAUAAAAAAAUUCAACCAAAUAGUUUAAUUGAAUAUAAUUUUGACAAUGAGGAUGAAUUAUUUUGGGAAAAUGAAGAUAAUGAAUUAUCUGAAGUGGAAGGGAAUUUAAAUGAUGAGAUUAGGAAAGGUGAUGAAGGAAGUGAUAAUGAAUCAAAUGAGUCAGAUAGCACAGUUGAAUUAUAUGAAUCAGAUGGAUAUGAAAAUGAUUAA